GAGAGGAGAGACGUGUUGAGCAGUACCAAGGAGAAGAAUUUGAGUCUGCACCAAGGACAGAGAAGCGGUGCUGGGCAUGACAAAGGAGAAGGACCCCUGAGGAGGACAUGACAGAUGAUUCAACGACAUGGGAGAAGAUUACGGUAUCAGCAUCAGCAUCAGCAUCAGCAUCAGCGUUAGCGUCAGCGUCAUCGUCAAGCAUGAGCAUGCAUGGCGUAGAAUUCGAAUAUGGACUCAAUGAGAGAAGCAUUGAUUUUACUUGGUCAUUGCUGUGUCUUGCUUUAUCCAAUCAAGAGCUCAGACACGAUCGAUGUCAGAAUGUGCAAAACAACAAUUCAUAGCAUUCUACUGUGCGUCAGAGGUAUCAAAGUCACAUACCCGAAACCCCCUCUGAGCCUGCCCCUGCCACCCAACGUUCGUUCCACCAGCCAAAAAGCCACGGCGCCUCUUUGCACCAACAAACCGGACCGAAAAACGCGAGAGUCCGGUUGGGGAAUACUGUCAAUACAUGCAAGUGAUGAAGGAAAUCGACAAGGAGACUGCCAUCUCGGAAGAACUCGCCUCUACCCUUAUGGGAAUCUACACAUGCAUCGGUAAUUACGCGGAGAGAUCUGUCUCGGGCUCAUCCGGCGAGACUUUGACGACCGUGGCUGGUGAGGAAGGCUCAACACCG